AUGCAACCCAAAGCUGCAAUGCCCGUCCCUCAGAUCCGCCCGGCAAUCCGCCACCGAGGCCUCAUCGUCGUAACCGCAGCCGUCACAGCCGUCGCCGUAAGCUUCAGAUACACCGCCCUGUCCCGGAGAACAAACGACCAGAACCAGUGCUCCAGCAAUCCCUACUACGUCAGCGUCGACCGGAGCGGCGGCGGGAUCUAG